AUGACUGAUUUGACGCUGCGAUGUAUGCAUUGUCACUCAAUGUUGGAAAUAGACGUAUCCUUGAUGGAUCUUUCUAUGGCCCAACGUGAUCUGUUAGUAUCUUCAGAUGCCAAUACCAGUGGUAAAGACUCUAGUGCAAACAGCAACCAAAUACCUGCAGAUAAACUGAAAGUGAUGAAAGAAGUGAAACAGCCGUCUCAACUUCGGUUGACGAAGCCAGGGAAUAUUGCAUCUGAUUCGUAUGUCUUUUUGACGGAUACAGAGUACAGUUUACAAAAAUCCAAAAUAGGGGGCGACGAAUCUGGAGAUGAGGAAGACUAUGACGAUAGGAACAAGACCCUUUCGUCGAGAAUCAAUGCGCUUGGGAAUAUUUUUAAUAUAUUAUCCUCGAAAAACAAUGUAGAUUAUCCUGUUUGCCAAGGUUGUUGUGAUACAUUAUUAGAAAAGUUGAAGGAAGAAUACAACCAGGAACUGAAGAAAAGAGAUACGUACCAUGACUUUAUGAAAAGGAUACAGGAGCAUAAAAACGUCAAUGGAAUUAAUAUUGGGGAUAACAGGGCUCUAGAAGAGCUUUCCUCACUUAAAAAGGAGAAAGAACAACUUCUUCGAGAAUUGCAACGAUUAGAAGAUGAGGAUGAGAAACUACAGAAGGAGACGAUACUGCUACAAGAAGAGUUAGCUAAGAAAAAGGACCAAUAUAUAGUAAGGUUACAAAAGCAGAAUAUUCAAGAGCUGGAGCAACUCACUUUCAUCAAAGAUGUGCAGUCUCUCAAGAAUCAAAGAGUGGUUACUCUCAACCACAUUGAUAAAUUACGGAAACUCAAUAUAUACAAUGAAACUUUUCGGAUAUCACAUGACGGACCAUUUGGAACCAUAAACGACCUAAAAUUGGGAAGUGUUCCAAACGCAUCAGUACCAUGGUCAGAAAUAAAUUCAGCUCUGGGACAAGUUGUAUUGUUAUUAUCAUUAAUCGCCGAAAAGCUAUCAGUUUCUUUCACAGAUUACAAAUUGAUUCCGAUGGGGUCUACGUCCAGUAUAGAAAAAUUUGACCCUAAAACAAAUCAAUGGUUUGUUCACAAAGCAUUCAGUGGGGAUGAAUUUAGUUUUGGAUCCCUUUUCCACAAAGAAAGUGCUAUUGACAAGGCACUUACCUGCAUACUUGAAAUCAUCAGUCUUUUGUCCGCCAAAGUAUCUUCAGAUUCCCAGGAUCCAGCGUCAAUAGAACUACCAUAUGAAAUCUUGGGGGAUAAAAUUAAUGGUUUAACAAUUCUUCUUAAUGGGGCAACACCUUCAUUAGAAUGGACUACUUCAUGUAAGUUUCUUCUUACUAACGUUAAGUGGCUCUUGGCAUUCUCCACGGCGCAUAUUGACAAAAAUAAACCAUAA